AACUCCAUUAAAGCAAAACUCCAAAACCUCUCUCUCACGCUUUUUCCCUUUCUCAACUGUAAAAUUCUGAUCCAAUGGAGAAAAACGAUGAAUCUAGUGCUUACACGGCGUCGUUUUCACCUAGCUUCAGUACUUAUUCCGGCGAUCGACUCGUAGAAAUCGCCGAAAGAGUUUGUUACAAAGAGAAAUCAGAUGACGAGUUCGAGUUUCCAAUGACGACGGAGUCUUCUUCCGGCGACGAUAGACUAGUAUUCCCGGUUUUUAACAAGAAUCUAAUCUUCGAAACCAAAACCUCCACCGUGGAAGAGGCCGUUACAAUUCCGUUGAAGGAUCUUUUCCUCCGUGAACGUAACGAUCUACCACCGCAACAAACAUAUUCAUCGUCUUCUUCGGAAGACGAAGAAGACGACGAGUUUGAUUCGAUCCCAAGCGAGAUCUAUUGUCCAUGGACACCAGCGAGAUCUACGGCGGAGAUGUCACCAAGUGGUGGUUGUAGAAAAAGUAAAUCUACAGGAUCAUCUUCAACCUCAUCAUGGUCAACGAAACGAUGGCGUUUGAGAGACUUUCUCAAGAGAAGUAAAAGUGAUGGUAAACAAUCACUUAAAUUCUUGAAUCCAACAAACUCCAUUAACAGAGAUGAUGAAUCUUCUUCGAAGACGAUGAAGAAGAAGGAGAAAGUUUCAGUUUCUGCACAUGAGAAGUUUUAUUUGAGGAAUAAAGCGAUUAAAGAAGAAGACAAGAGAAAAUCAUAUUUACCGUACAAGCAAGAUCUUGUUGGACUUUUUUCCAAUAUUAAUCGUUUUGGAUCUAUUCGGUGAAAUUAGUGUUUUUUAUUUUUCAAGAAAUAAUACGAUAUUAUAUUCGUAUUUAAUAAAUUAUAAAAGAUGUA